AAUAUUCACAUAGAACCCAUAACCAGCCAUCGGUUUUGCGGUUUGUAUAGCUUCCGUAACAAUGUAACGGAUUAUUUACCAUCAUGCUAUAUAACUACGAAUUUCUCGUUAUACUUUACAUAUUUGUUUAUAUAGGCUAUAUUAGAAAAUACUUUUGAAGUUCAACAAACGCCACGAAUCCUGAAAUUGUAAAGUCGUCGCGCCUGUCAUUUUAAAUAAUGAAUUAAUAGGAGCCUAAUAUGCUAAUCUACCUGGUGGUAAUCAAAUCAUUGAUAUUUAAAAUACAUGAAUGUUUAUUUUGUAACUCAGUUUUCUGAAUUGAUACAUUUGCCACACUCAAGAUGGCCACUAUUCACAAACCUCCUGAGCUUACGACAGGAACGCAGGGGGCGGGGAUUGUAGCUAGUGGCAAAGUUUGGGAAUGAUAGUGUGAGCUGUGGAAGAUUGCAAGCAAGGGAAGUACCAUUGCUGGCCCGCUUGGAAUUAUAACCAUAUUUUAUUUUAAGGAAAGAAAUACGUUGCAAUCUUGGGGUUCAAUAUCGUCUGCAUUACAACGGCUUCAGCGUAAACUACAGCCAUGUCGGAGGACCAGAGCUCCCAACCUUGGUCCAUCAAGAAAGAUGAUUAUGAGCUACAGGAGGUGAUUGGGAGUGGAGCCACGGCCGUUGUCCAGGCGGCGUACUGCUUGCCCAGGAAGGAGAAGGUGGCCAUCAAGCGAAUCAAUCUGGAGAAAUGUCAGACCAGCAUGGACGAGCUCCUGAAGGAGAUCCAGGCCAUGAGCCAAUGCCACCACCCCAACAUCGUCUCCUACUACACCUCCUUCGUCGUGAAGGACGAGCUGUGGCUCGUGAUGAAGCUGCUCAGCGGGGGCUCGGUGCUGGAUUUCAUAAAGCACAUCAUAUCGCGGGGGGAGCACAAGUCCGGGGUCCUGGACGAGCCCAGCAUCGCCACCAUCCUGAAGGAGGUGUUGGAGGGCCUGGAAUACCUGCAUAAAAACGGACAGAUUCACAGAGACGUGAAGGCUGGAAACAUUCUUCUCGGGGAAGAUGGAUCAGUGCAAAUUGCAGAUUUUGGGGUCAGUGCCUUUCUCGCAACUGGUGGUGACAUCACGAGGAAUAAGGUGCGGAAGACGUUUGUGGGAACUCCCUGCUGGAUGGCUCCUGAGGUGAUGGAACAGGUCAGGGGUUACGAUUUCAAGGCGGACAUCUGGAGCUUUGGGAUUACAGCCAUCGAACUGGCGACUGGGGCUGCUCCCUACCACAAAUAUCCUCCUAUGAAGGUGCUCAUGCUGACCCUACAGAACGACCCCCCUUGCCUUGAGACGGGCGUCUCGGACAAAGAGAUGGUGAAAAAGUACGGGAAGUCCUUCAGAAAGAUGAUCUCGCUGUGUCUGCAGAAAGAACCAGAAAAAAGACCGACAUCAUCAGAGCUUUUAAAGCACAAAUUCUUCCAGAAAGCAAAGAACAAUGAAUAUUUACAAGAAAGGCUGUUACAGAGGGCACCAACAAUAGGACAAAGGUCCCGAAAGGUGAGGCGUGUGCCGGGCUCCAGCGGCAGGCUGCACAAGACGGAGGACGGCGAGUGGGAGUGGAGCGAUGACGAGCUGGACGAGGAGAGCGAAGAAGGAAAGGCCGCUGUGGCAGCCUUACGGGACCAGCAGCCCAAGGCCAUAAGUGCACCCCGGCGACAAGUGCGCUUCUCCCUCCCUCUCGAGCUGCCCCCACCCAGGUCGCCCAGAGUGAAAGAUGGACCACAGAACUCAGAGGUUUUUCCAGUGUCAGAGCCUUGUCACCUCCAGCCUUCAGCCCAAGGCCAAGCCCAACUACCUCAGCCUGCUGGCCAGACCGCUGCGCAGGUUCCCCAGGCCAACGUACCACCCGCCGCCCAGGCUUCAGUCCCAGCACAAGGCCCACCUCCUGCUGCCCCAACUGCCCAGGCCCCAGCAGCUGCACCCGCAUAUGAUGCCUCCAAGACUCCCAUCAGCUUGGUAUUAAGGUUGAGAAAUUUAAAGAAGGAACUAAAUGACAUACGAUUUGAAUUCAUGCCCGGGAGAGACACGGCAGAUGGCGUGUCACAGGAGCUGGUGUCUGCAGGCCUGGUAGACGGGAGGGACUUGGUUAUAGUUGCUGCCAAUUUACAGAAAAUAGUUGAAGAGCCACAAGCCAACAGAAAUGUCACUUUCAAGCUGGCUUCUGGUGUGGAGGGAUCUGAAAUUCCUGAUGAUGUCAAACUAAUGGGAUUUGCACAGCUCAGCAUUAGUUAAACUGUUGUACUACUGUGGACCUGGCUUGCCUGAAAAAAUCUUUAAAAAAAGAAAAAUAAACAAAACCGCACACCUGUGCGCAAGUUUUAUUUUCAUUGGCCUACAGAAACCACUACUGCCAAAGAAAAAAAAAAUUCCAUAUCAUCAACAUCACCCUCAUAGGAUUCAGAAACCUUGCUCGAUUAAAUAGGACUCAGUGUUGAAAACGUAACACAUAGGAUUCAUAUUUAAAAAAAAACGUUUACAGUUGUACGUGUGGGAGGACACGAUUUUCAACAUUCACCAACCAGAUGUUUUCCUUUUAUAUA